AUGCCAUCUUCUCGUCGCACAGAUCCCUAUUUCACCCCCCUACCAGUCUUACAAAUGGAUGCCAAUAAAGGGAUUUUAAGCCUGAUAGAACGAGGAUUGAUUCCACCAACAGCCAAGAUUAACUUUAAGAAUCCACCCAUUAUGCCCAAAGCAGCUCCUCUGCAUAGUUUUGGUGAAGUACAUAGGCUUCCAACUGUAGCGCCUCUUACUGUACCUCAGAAACCACAGCAGCCUCCAGCAGAAGUGAAGGUCAUCUCUCCCAAGAAACGUCUCUCCCAAGGAGCAAAGGGGAAAGGCAGAAGGUUAAGAGGACAUCAUGAUAAGAAGACCGUGAAAGUCGUGGUACCUUCAAAACCUUCAAGAACACUGUGGAAUUAUGACUUUGCUAUUUAUAAUGGUGUCGUAGACAAAGCAUCCCCAGACUUCUUGGCAUUCAAGGAACGUUUUAACUCAGUUUGGGGAAAUAUUUUUUCUCUCUUGGAGCACAUCGAGAAGUUUCUCAGAGACUAUGCAAUACCAGAAGUCAAAAUCAAAGGGAAGAAUUUGGUGGCUCUCCUUCCAGAGUUUGAGCUGAAGAAUAAACUUACCAAAUAUGAACUUCUUUCAGUGUUGGAGAAUGCAAAAGAAGUCCAAAAGCUGAUAAAUCUUCCCGGGCAGAGGUACAAGGGUCAGGGCGGAGAGAUGGAGGCUGCCAUGAAGAUCCAAGCCACAUGGAAAUGCUACACAACAAGAAAGUUCUUUCAGGCGUACCGCCAGCAGAAGUGGGCGUCAGGUGUGAUUUCCAUCGCUUGGCUUUUAUAUUGCCAUAAGAUUCGAGUAAGGAAGAUCCUACGGGAAUCACGGCAGAGACACCUGGAGAAUUUCCGCAUUCGAGCCAAGCAUCUGGCAGCCAACUGGAAUCGCAUCAGGACCUCCAGGAGGACUAUUAUCCAUAUCCCAUCAUUAGGGUAUUCCCAGCCUGUGCGAGAACAUAUUGCUGAUUUCGACACACUACAGAACAUGCAGCUGGGGAGACUGUGUGACAUCUUAGAUGCCAAUGUGAACGUCAUCUACAUCUGCUCCCAUUAUAUGAAUGAGGAGUUAAUGCUGUAUUAUGGUAAAAUCCUAAGUCUGCACGCAGCUGUCAAAUCGGGGAACGUUGAGGAUAGAAGUGACCUGCAGAACAGGUUCAGAAUUAUCACCCCUGAAGCUGUAAACAUCUUCCCUAUGAUGGAACAGCUGAGUCAGCUGAUAACCGAUCACCUGCAGAUCCAACGCUGGCUCUUUAAAAUGGACUAUGAGUUCCAAGGAAAUGGGACUGCAUUUUGUGACAUUCCUUGCUACCUAAAGUGCUACAACUGGGUAUUAAAGGAGAGUAAGAGAUAUGGCCCCAAAGACUGGAGUAAGAAAUGGGCACAAGAGCCAGCUUUGGUGAAGAUCUCCAAGGAGCUGGCGGGCAUUUUAGCACAGCACGCACAGCCAGUCAAUGAGAAACGGUUCCCGUCGUGGAGGAAAUUCCUCCAAACAUUUCUCAGACAAGGGGGUGUGAUCGAAGCAUUCCCACCUGCAGACUGUGUCACCAACCUGACAGUAGACAUGCUGAUAGAACCGAAUGGAGAAAUCAGAGUGCUGUCAACGGGAGACCAGUUUCAUGCCGAAGGCCCCUUCAUCAACACUGGUACCACCAUGCCUCAGACCUCAGUGAAUCCUCAAGUUCUCAGUUAUUUGUGCCUCCAAAUUGGAAAGGCCUGCAAAAUGAAAGAUCUGGUUGGUUACUUUUCUAUAGACCUAGUGACUUUUAUUGAUCCAAGCACCUUGGAACAGCAGGUGUGGGCAACGGGCCUUAACCUCUUCUAUAGUGACCAGCUGGCCCUGACUCAACUCAUGUUAUACCUGACAAAUGGCCAUCUGGAUUGCAGUUUGGGCACCCUCGAAGUGCCCCUCUUUGUUCCAAAGAAAAAGAAGAAAACGAGCCACGUGAGGCCUCUGUCACUGCCGACAUCAGCAACCAGUCGCUAUGCGGUGAUGACCACCCAGCUGAAGCACAACAAUCUCUCGCUGGUUUUCCACUAUGUUUUUCUGCAGAUGUGUAGGGCCCACGGCAUCGGCUAUGACCUGGAGGACAGAACAGGAACUGUUUUUUUACUAUAUGAGCACCUGAAGAGAGACAAGUUGGGAAUCUUAACAAUCGGCGAGGAUCUCCAGGGGGUCCUCAUGACCUUUGCUCACAAUCUCUUCAUCAUCCAUCAAGAAAUAUCAGCACCUAAUAUGCAAGGCGAGACCAAUUUUAAGACCACCAUUAAUGAUAUUGAAACCAUUCUGGGUGUAACAGAGGAAAACAAAAUAAAAUUUGGAGAAGAGCAACAGUCCAAAGUUGACAACAAGUUCCCUAAUCCUGUUAAAUGA